AUGGGCGCCCAACUCGUACUGGCCGCCGCAGCUUUUGCGCUGCUGGCACAGGUUCUUUAUUCCUAUGUUCGGUGGGUUCGAUCCCCCUUGCGAUCAGUACCUGGUCCCUCGCUGGCUCGCUUCACCGACUUUUGGUAUUUCCACCGUCUCAAACAAGGAGGUUUUGAGAAGGUCAAUCAGAAUCUACACGAACAAUACGGCCCCAUCGUCCGCUAUGGCCCAAACCGAUACAGCAUUAACGACACGGAAGCCCUCAAAAUGAUCUAUGGCCACGGCACAGAGUUUCAAAAGUCGGAGUGGUAUAUUUCGUUCCAACCUAACGAAGAGCUAUGGAAUCUCUUCUCGGAGCGUUCGGCGAAGCGUCAUGCACGUAACAGACGGUUCUACACGAACGUAUACUCUAUGACAUCCCUUAUCAGCUAUGAGCCGUACGUGGACGAGUGCGGCGCCUUGUUUGCGCAGCGGCUUUCCGAGUUCUCCAAGGCUGGGGCGACGAUAGAUAUUGGACAUUGGUUCCAAUGCUACGCUUUCGACACCAUUGCGCUAAUGACCUACGGAAAACGUCUCGGGUUCCUGGACCGCGGCGAAGACGCUGCUCACGUCAUUGAUAAUCUCAACCAGAGCUUAGUCUACAUGAGCUUAGCUGGUAUCUUUCCUUUCGUGCACACGUACAUCACACCGAUACUGAACAAGGUCGUUCCGGGUCUAAGUAUGGGAGCUAAAUUGCUUUAUAUCUUGAGCUUUACAGCGAAAACCAUCGAGGAGGAGAAAGCGUCACCAAAGCCGGUCAUCGACGUCGAGGGUGCCGAAGACAACGUGGCCGUUGGAGAAGCGUUCCUGACCAAGUUCCUGGCCAAGCAUUCCAGCAACGCUGACGAGUUUACACAAUGGCAUCUCCUGAACGGUUGUAUGUCCAAUAUGGUCGCCGGGUCUGACACCACCGGAAUCAGUAUCUCUGCUAUUCUCUACAACUUGCUUAAGAAUCCCGACACUAUGGCUAAGCUACGCGAAGAGCUUGCAGACUUUACUAGCCGCGGGGAGCUGUCGCAGUCACCGACAUUCAAGCAAAGCCAAAAGAUGCCCUACCUCCAAGCUGUCAUCAAGGAGGCAUUACGCGUCCAUCCCGCUGUCGGACUGCCUCUAGAACGCAUCGUUCCCGCAGGCGGCAUCACCAUCGCCGGACGCUUCUUCCCUUCAGGGUCCGUUGUUGGUAUCAAUGGCUGGGUUCAGCACAGAAACAAGGACUUCUUCGGAGAGGAUGCCAACAGCUUCAACCCGGACCGUUGGCUGAUUGAAGACGAGCAGAGGCUCUCCGUGAUGAAUAGAAAUUGGAUGCCUUUUGGACUGGGAUCGCGUACAUGCAUUGGCAAGAAUGUUUCCAUCCUCGAAAUCUCAAAGCUCAUCCCUAGGAUCAUCCGCGACUUCGUUUCAAGCUCGAGGGCGAUGCUGCUGCGCCUGCAGGGACGUGGAAGACUCACAAUGCGUGGUUCGUCAAGCCUCAAGGGUUCCACGUCAGUGUAA